CUCAAUCGAUGAUUAACGAAUAAUUUAUGAUUCAGUUUAAAAUAUAAAGUAUUCGGUAACGACUAACAACCGUAACCGACUAUAUUUUAGUGUUUACUAUUUUUUCUUCGUUUCUGUUCCAAGCCCUUAUACGCGAUGCGUCUGAUCAUAAAUCGACCAGAGCGGGUAGCAGAAGACAACGACGUCAAUGCCGUGGUGACCGAUCAACAGGCAGUACACCUGUUGCCGUGCAAGAUUCACACGCGCGAACCAGAUAAUGACCGCCAGACGACGACAGCUCCGGUUGAUCGAUACUUUAGUCCGUACACCAAAGCCACAAUGGAUGAUGAAGCCGCUUUGUGGCACGCGUCAUUGCGUGGUAAGCCAUUAACGGGCGUUAAACUCAGUAUGCCCGAUGGCUAUGUCGGUGUAUUGUGCGUCGGCGAGAAGGAUGAUGGCAGUCGUAAUACAGUCGAUGAUUCUACAACUGCUGCUGUUACAGGGGAAAUAACUGAACAACUGAUGUACUGGAAUUGGGACCGAAUUCCGACGCAUGAAGACCCGCUGCUGUCAGCACUUGACUGGGUUCGGGUAUCUGAAGCCAUCAUGACCAACAAUGACUGACACUUUUAUUUUGUAUGUUCCUACAAUAAUGCUUGCAUUUAUUUUUUCAAUUUAUUUUUCAUUACAAACAUAAACCUUUUUCAUUCUAAUUUUUAAAUACUAAUAAUUAGUAUUUAAUAUU